UUCUCCUCGUACGCAUGUCUGUUAUUUGCAGCCACAGAGGGUGGAAAGACUUGACUGCUUGAGACCUUCAAGCGUCGUCCCUCUCCGUCCAUCAUGGUGUUAUUAUAGUUUUGCGCUCGCUGGUGUGUUUUUUUUGCCUGUGAAACCUGUGAGUGGACUGGUACCAGGAGGACUCGGGUCCUGUACCAGGGAAAGCCCAGCCGAGGCGCAAAGAAAAGACAGGAAUGCAACACCGGACUGCUGCUCAAGUCAGCUUUCUGCACUGAUUUCAUAACAUACGGUGGUUUUAGACUGUUUCACUGGUGGGAUACAAGACACAGCAGCUUUUGUUCUCUUUAAUGCACGGCCAGUAGAAAAGAAAAGAAGAAGGAAAACGGAGGAAAGCGCUGCAAGUCGGGGAUUACCAUCGGAGCCAAGAGAGUCCUCUGCGUCCAGGGUGUCACCCUAAAACAGAGGAACAAUGUCAUCCACCAAAUUCAAGAAGGAUAAGGAGAUCAUAGCGGAGUAUGAGACCCAAGUGAAAGAGAUCCGUAACCAGCUGGUGGAGCAGUUCAAAUGCCUGGAGCAACAGUCUGAGUCUCGUAUCCAGCUGCUUCAGGACCUGCAGGAGUUCUUCCGCCGUAAAGCAGAGAUUGAACUUGAAUAUUCCCGCAGUUUAGAAAAACUGGCUGAGAGGUUCUCCUCCAAGAUCCGCAGCUCCAGAGAACACCAACAGUUCAAGAAAGACCAGCAUCUUCUGUCCUCAGUCAACUGCUGGUACCUGGUACUGAACCAGACGAGGCGUGAAAGCCGUGACCACGCCACCCUCAGCGACAUCUACACUAAUAAUGUGAUUGUACGCUUGGCCCAAAUAAGUGAGGAUGUCAUCCGCCUCUUCAAAAAGAGCAAGGAUAUUGGGAUCCAGAUGCAUGAGGAGCUGGUGAAGGUGACAAAUGAACUCUACACUGUGAUGAAAACGUAUCACAUGUACCACACUGAGAGCAUUAGCGCUGAAAGUAAGCUAAAGGAUGCAGAGAAGCAGGAGGAAAAGCAGUUCAGCAAGUCCGGCGACCUUAAUGUUAACCUCCUGCGCCAUGAGGACCGCCAACCCAGACGCAGCUCCGUCAGGAAGAUUGAGAAGAUGAAGGAGAAGAGGCAAGCCAAGUAUUCAGAGAAUAAACUGAAAUGCACAAAAGCCCGGAACGACUAUCUAUUGAACCUGGCAGCAACAAAUGCCGUUGUGGCAAAAUAUUACAUCCAUGACGUAUCUGAUAUGAUUGAUUGCUGUGACCUUGGCUACCAUGCCAGCUUGGCACGUACCUUCAGGACAUACUUAUCCGCAGAGUACAACUUGGAGACAUCGCGCCAUGAGGGACUAGAUAUCAUAGAGAAUGCAGUGGACAACCUGGACUCGCGCAGUGACAAGCACAAGAUCAUGGAUAUGCAUAACCAGGUGUUCUGUCCUCCGAUGCGUUUUGAGUACCUGCCACACAUGGGAGAUGAGGUUUGCCAGGUGAGUGCCCAGCAGCCUGUCCAAACAGAACUCCUGAUGCGCUACCACCAGCUCCAAUCUCGUCUAGCUACAUUAAAGAUUGAAAAUGAAGAGGUGAGGAAGACCUUGGAUGCCACCAUGCAAACACUGCAGGACAUGCUGACAGUGGAGGACUUUGAUGUGUCGGAUGCCUUCCAACAUAGCCGCUCCACUGAAUCUAUUAAAUCUGUAGCCUCUGAAUCCUAUAUGAGCAAGAUAAAUGUAGCCAAGAGGAGAGCGAACCAACAAGAGACUGAAAUGUUCUACUUUUCAAAAUUCAAGGAGUACCUGAAUGGCAGUAACCUCAUCAUUAAGCUGCAGGCCAAGCAUGACUUACUGAAGCAGACAUUGGGUGAAGGGGAAAGGGCUGAGUGUGGAACUACAAGGCCCCCCACUCUUCCCCCCAAACCACAGAAAAUGCGGAAGCCUAGGCCUCGCUCCACGUAUAACCAUAAGCUGUUUAACGGCAAUAUGGAGACCUUCAUCAAGGAUUCAGGUCAACCAAUUCCACUUGUUGCGGAAAGUUGUAUUCGAUACAUCAAUCUGUACGGUUUGCAGCAGCAGGGGAUAUUCCGCGUGCCGGGGUCACAGGUGGAGGUUAAUGACAUUAAAAACUCAUUUGAAAGAGGGGAAGAUCCGCUGAUUGAUGACCAGAAUGAACAUGACAUUAACUCAGUAGCGGGAGUGCUGAAGCUGUACUUCAGGGGACUGGAGAACCCACUCUUCCCAAAGGAGCGCUUUCUGGAUUUUAUCUCCACUAUUAAGCUGGAGUCUGGAGCUGAGAGAGCACAUCACAUUCAGCAGAUUAUUGUGACUCUUCCACGAACCAUCAUUAUUGUCAUGAGAUACCUUUUUGCCUUCCUUAAUCACCUCUCCCAGUACAGUGAUGAGAACAUGAUGGAUCCGUACAAUCUGGCUAUCUGCUUUGGUCCGACCCUGAUGCCCAUCCCAGAUGGCCAGGACCCUGUAGCAUGUCAGGCACAUGUGAACGAGGUCAUCAAGACCAUCAUCAUUCACAAUGAACUCAUCUUUCCUAGUCAACGUGAGCUGGACGGUCCAGUCUAUGAAAAGUGCAUGACUGGGGGGGAGGAGUACUGUGAUAGCCCUCACAGUGAACCGGGGACGAUUGACGAAGCUGACAAUGGAACUGAGCCGCACACCAGUGAUGAAGAGGUUGAACAGAUUGAGGCCAUCGCUAAGUUUGACUAUGUGGGACGCAGUCCAAGGGAGCUGUCCUUCAAAAAGGGAGCUUCUCUGCUUCUGUACCACAGAGCUUCAGAGGACUGGUGGGAGGGACGCCACAACGGUGUGGACGGCCUCAUCCCACAUCAGUACAUUGUAGUACAGGACCUGGAUGAUGCUUUCUCAGAUAACCUCAGCCAAAAAGCAGAUAGUGAAGCCAGCAGUGGACCAUUACUGGAUGAUAAAGGAUCAUCCAAAAACGAAGCACCAUCACCAUGUGAACAAGCACCUGAUUAUAACUUUGGAGGAGUCAUGGGGAGGGUAAGGUUACGGUCUGACGGAGCCGCAAUUCCACGGCGUCGGAGCGGUACAGAGACUCACAGCCCGACCAGGGUGACUGACACUCCUCCCCGAGCUGCAGCCUGUCCCAGCAGCCCACACAAGGUGUCCAUCAGUAAGGGCCGUAUGGAGAGUCCAGAAAAGAGGCGUCUUGGCACCUUUGGCAGCUCAGGCAGCAUCAACUACCCAGAGAGGAAGGCCUACCCCGAGGGUCACCCGCUGAGACCGGUGCCAGGGGCGACACGCCACAGCAGCCUCGGGGACCACAAGUCACUGGAGACAGAGGCUCUGGCUGAGGACAUAGAGAAGACUAUGACGACUGCUCUCCAUGAGCUGCGUGAGCUGGAGCGACAGAACACUGUGAAGCAGGCUCCUGAUGUGGUCCUGGACACUCUGGAGCCCAUGAAGAAUCCAGUGAGUUCCGAGCCCGGCAGUCCACUGCAUACCAUUAUGAUCCGGGACCCGGACGCAGCCAUGCGCCGCAGCAGCAGCUCCACCUCUGAAAUGAUGACUACCUUCAAACCUGCUCUUUCUGCCCGACUGGCCGGCGCUCAGCUCCGUCCCCCACCCAUGAGGCCGGUGCGCCCUCCUCCUACCCAGCACCGCUCCAGUAGCUCCAGCUCAUCUGGGGUUGGCAGCCCUGCCGUUACACCCACAGAGAAGAUAUUUCCAAGUAACAAUACAGCCGCGGGCUCUAAUUUGAGUACAUCUAAUGAUGCUGGGGAUAAGUCUGGCACUAUGUAGCAAAAGUAGAGUGUAAUAGGUGAGGAAGCUGAAAAGCUUUCGUAGUGAGAGGAAAGCUUAUGGAAAAGGGUGCUGAUGUGUGACAAGCAAAUGCAGAUAUUUUUCUCUCUGUUUUCUGCUUGACUUAAUACAUAUAUUCAGGAAGCUCGUGAAUUGAGUCUACAGUACGUUACCAUGGUGAUAAAGUGGUGGAAGAAGCUGUAGAAGUGUGAUAGCGUAAAGCACGGCGCUCUUUGAAAACUUGACUUAAAUACGGUAAAUAUGUGUAACAAUACAUGCAUUUCAGUUUUACCUCAAUUUCAACAGAAUCUGUGGCCAUGUUCUCGUUUAAGAGAUACAUUGAAUGCAAGUGAAGCAAUACUUGUGUGAAAUUUGGUUAUAAUUUCCACCAAACAUUCUCCGUCCACCUGUUUCAGUCACUUUUACAGAUGUUUAUUAACUUCAUCUGGACUGGUGCUGACAUUCAGGCUAAAAUAUCAUGUCUGUUUGCCAUUUAGGUCACCAAUAUUAAGGCUGUAGAUACAAUUUUACUUGAAGUCAUACUUUCUGAUUUUACUAUAAUACAGUGGAUGUUCAGCAACGUAACAACAUAGCAACAUUUAAUAUUUCUGCAUGCAGGGUUUGGAGAAAAUAAGGGAAACACUGAAGACUUGCAGUUGGCUCUCAGUGAACAGUUAGUUAAUCAUUGUAGACAUAAAAUACAGAACUGAAAUAUUUGACAGCUUUGGGAUCAUAGACUCCCAUGCUUUAGUUUGCCAUUUGUGGCUAAAGGUACCUGAGGACAUUUACUGAUAAAAAUGAAGCAUCCCGGCAUGAAGAAGGUCAGUGUGAAAGUCUUUGCAGCAUUAAUCAGAAUGAUACAAGUCACAGUUGGAAAGAGGGCAGACUCAAUGUGGUUUCCAUAUUUUUUUCUAUGUCCUGUAUAUGAAAUGCUGAAAACUAAUGCACCAACCAGUUCUAGGAAUCCUGUGGUACACUUGUACAUAACAUAGAGGUAGUAAUUUUUUAAGUGUUAAUCCUGUACAGGCCAAUACAAAAAAGGCAAACAGUUGAUGUGAAUGGCACUUGUAAAAAAAAAAACCACAACCAUAAAACAUUUUUUGUUGCUUUCAAUAAACUAUAAACAUUUUAUUUGGCUGUGUAAAAUAGGAUUCAUAUCAUCUAUCUCGUACUGUGUGCUUAAAAGGCGUUUGGUAAAUGUACUGUAGAAAACUGAUUGCUGGUGAACUGAACAUAAAGACUGAAUAAAUGGUUUCUCAGUUAUGUUUUUUUUUUUUAUACACAUUUACCCAUUUUGACAAAGUCUGCAAAACUUGAAUUGUUUCCUGUUCAAGAUUCGGGCGAUUUUAUUGCUCAAGUAACAUUGAAAGUCCCCUUUGUCAUUUCCUCUUUCACUUAAAAAAAAAAAAAAAAUAGUAGAAAAAACCUCAGAUUUAGAUGUUCUUACAUCUUAUCACAGUGGUUUUCUGCCUUCCUGCCUUUUUCUUAUCUUUCUUGAUAGAUACAGUUAUGUUCUGACUGUAGAUGAUUUGUUUUUUUGCUGAGGGAAAACUAAACAAAGCAGAUCUGUGUUUAUACAUAUAUCUAAUGUAGCUCCUGUCAUUCUGACAGCUGUUAUCCAGAGACCUUGUAAUCAGCAUCCCAAAGAGCCUGCUGUGUUCUGCAUGUUUUGCGCUGUAAUGCCUGACUCAUAUUGUCCGGCAGUUAAAAAAUGGCUGUAUGUGGUGCCUUGCCUUGGUAAAACGCACAAAUUAAUUCAAUAUUGGACUAUUUUUUCCUCGAAGAAGUGGGCCUUAACAACAUUUAUCAGGAUGGGAAUGAUGAAUUGAAGUGCUUGUAGCAAAUACUAAAGUAGAACUGAAAUAAAAUUAACAAUGCUUGUUUUAGAAAGACCUCAAUUAAUAGCAUGUAAACCAGGCACUGAUUGCACUCACUUUGCACUCAUUCUGUUUUUUCUGCAGUGUUAUUGACAUACAUGCUGUAGGUUCAAUCUUUCUGCUUAUUCUCAAAAUCUCUAUUUUUUUAUUUGUCACCCACAGACAAAUAAAAAGCAGGAGAACUAUUAGGAAAUAGGAGCUUAUGCAGACAGAAAAAAGAUAUAACAGCAUCAAUACAGUGAACUCACGCCCCCUGGUGGCUUCUGAUGGUAUUUCUUCUCAUGAUAACUGAGAUAGGCAUUAUUAUCUGGAGCUCAUCUCACAAUAACUAAAAUCAUUCUUACAUUUCUUUUCUGUCCUGAUUCGAGUUUUGCACCUGUUGAAACAUAUGAAGAUAAUGCUACAAAAAAAAUCAAAUAUUAAAAUAACAAGAAAGUACACAGUUUCAAAAAGUGAAAAUAUCAUCGUCAUAUUUAACAAGACUUUUCACAGAGAUGUGUUUCUUUUUUAUUUAUAAACACUUGUAUAAGUGCAGCAGAACAUUUGAGUGCCUUUUGUGCACAACAUCAGUUUUUAUGGAUUUUUAUAUUUACUUUUUUAACUGUAAUAUGUUGUCUGUUAGUUGUUAUGUUUAUUAUAAACUGAUGUUGCUUUUUUAUCUUUACUUUUUAUUACUACUCUGUCAUCAGAUAAGUACAACACACACAUAUACACACACCAUGGAAAACAAUGUGUAAAAUAUCUCUUUCUUGGAUAACAGAAGAAGAAUCAUAAACUGCUUAUUUAGGUGAUUCCUGAAUAUCAGGGGUUACAAUAACUACUGUAUACACAAUCUACUGGUGAAAUUCAGUAGACUCAUCUCAGAUUAUUUCUUCCUUCCAUGUUUAUGUUUUGUUUUGCCUUCUUCCCUGUGAUCUGCCUGUGCUGUGGUUGAGCCGUUGUCAUUUACCCUUGCUCCUUCCCUUUCAAAGUAAAAGUAUUGCAGUAUUGUUGGUAACAGCAGGAUAUGGAUCCUCUUCUUGCAGAGGGUUUACGGCACUUGCUGUUUUCCCAUGUGAUGUUUUAUGGACAUUUUAUUCCCUGGAAUGUGUUCAGAAAUGAUUAACACUGUUUGUUUGCUGACGUGAAAUGACAUGAAGUUAAUAUUCAAAAAGAAGAACAUCACAGUUAGGUGUGCAGACAGAGUGCUUUUUGGAAGAGUGUGAGUUGCUGUCACACUGUUUACCUUCUCUUUAACUGUUUGUCUAGUGUUGCUGUUUGUUGAUGAGUGUCUGGUUGGUCAAAACCCUGUGAUGUAAUGUACACCAUACCACUGACUGGAUGUUGAAACCUCCCCGUCCAAAUAAAACUAUUAUUGCUCUGUGA